AUGGACCUGCCGAGACUGUUGGGCCUUCGUGUUGUUUUGCCCAGUGGACGCUGUGAAGAUGUGACUCUUGAGGGUGGCAGUCGAAUCAGUGACUCGGACUCCGGCAUACUCCGACUCGGACCGUCAUCCAUGGACCAGUUGGAGACACAACCAGUCGAUUCUGAAUACUCCGGUGAGAUUCCCAAGAUCGAUGACCAAAGUGAAGAAGAACAAAUGGAUAAGGCUAAGACGAAAGGAAAAAGUAACGAAGAGGACACGAAGAAGAGCGGAGAUGAGCAGUGUGGAGAAAGUGAAGAGGACGAGAAGAGCGAAGAUGAAGAGAAGGAUGGAGCAAGUGAAAAGGAUGAGAAGAGCGAAGAUGAUGAGAAGGAUGGAGAAAGCGAGGAGGACGAGAAGAAGAGCCAAGAGGAGAAGAAAGACAGCAGAAGUGAAGAUGAUGAGAAGAGCGAAGACGAGAAGGAUGGAGAAAGUGGAGAAAGUGAGGAGGACGAGAAGAAAAGCCCAGAGGAGAAGAAAGACAGCAGAAGUGAAGAUGAUGAGAAGAGCGAGGACGAGAAGGAUGGAGAAAGUGAGGAGGACGAGAAGAAGAGCCAAGAGAAGAAGGACAGCGAAAGUGAAGAUGAUGAGAAGAGCGAAGACGAGAAGGAUGGAGAAAAUGAGGAGGACGAGAAGAAGAGCCCAGAGGAGAAGAAAGACGGCAGAUGUGAAGAUGAUGAGAAGAGCGAGGACGAGAAGAAUGGAGAAAGUGAGGAGGACGAGAAGAAGAGUGAAGAUGAAGAGAAGGAUGGAAGGAGUGAGGAUGAUGAGGAUAAAAAAGGUGAUGAAAAGAAGGUUGGAGGCAGUGAAGAUGAAGUGAUGGAAGGAAGUGAUGAGAAGGACGAUAAGAGCGAAGAUGAAGAGAUGGAAGGAAGACCUGAGGAUGAGAAGAGUGAAGAAGUUAAGGAUGAAGCAGGCGAUGAGAAUGAAGAUAUGGCGGAAGACGAAGAGAUGGAAGGAAGUGAUGAGAAGGAUGAUAAGAGCGAAGAUGAAGAGAUGGAAGGAAGACCUGAGGAGGAAGAGAAGAGUGAAGAAGUUGAGGAUGAAGGAAGUGAUGACAAUGAGGAGAAGAGCGAAAAUGGCAAGAAGGAUGAUGCAGGAAGUGAUGAAAACGACAAGAGUGAAGAUGAAGAGAUGGAAGGAAGACAUGAAGAGGAUGAGGAGAGCCAAGAUGAGAAGCAUGGAAGCAGCGAGGACGAAAAGGAGAAGAGUGAUGUUGAAAAGAAAAAUGGACUAGGUGAGGAGGAUGAGAAGAAGAGCGAAGAUGAAAAGAUGGAUGGAGGACAUGACAAGGAUCAGAGGAGCGAAGAUGAUGAGAAGGAUGGAGAAAGUGAGGAGGACGAGAAGAAGAGCCAAGAGGAGAAGAAAGACAGCAGAAGUGAAGAUGAUGAGAAGAGCGAAGACGAGAAGGAUGGAGAAAGUGAGGAGGACGAGAAGAAGAGCGCAGAGGAGAAGAAAGACAGCAGAAGUGAAGAUGAUGAGAAGAGCGAGGACGAGAAGCAUGGAGAAAGUGAGGAGGACGAGAAGAAGAGCCCAGAGGAGAAGAAAGACGGCAGAUGUGAAGAUGAUGAGAAGAGCGAGGACGAGAAGAAUGGAGAAAGUGAGGAGGACGAGAAGAAGAGUGAAGAUGAAGAGAAGGAUGGAAGUAGUGAGGACAAUCCGCUCUUACAGAUCCCAGCCGCCCAGUCUUUGUUGAAGAAAGGACUCGCACCGGAGAUGUUGGAAGUUUCGAAAGGUUUGGAGGCAGCCGUGGAAGAGGCCAGUACACUUGCAGCGUUUGACGCACUUCACAUGACGAGAUACUGGGACUACUGCAAUGGGAAAUUUCAACAUCUGACUGCUCAAGAAGCUUUGUGUGAACUGGAUGUUUCAGAAUCAGUGGAAGCACCAAAGAUUGAUCCACAAAAACAAUAUGAUAAGUUUCUUGCAACCGUCUUGCAGAAGAAGAGUGAAAGCAAAAGAAAGGUAGAGGAGGAUAUGAAGGAAGAACCGCUGGAAGACUUGCUUGACAGAGACCUUGAGAAGGAACCCCGUCUACCCGAACCACCUACCAAGCGGAUCCGAAAGAAGUCUUCCGGUCUGCCAGAUUGCCACUCUGCCCAGUCUGCUGCCUCCUCGGUGAAGCCAGAGCCGGAGGAGCGAGCUAUGAAGGACAAAAAAACGCUGGUCCAUGAGGAGAAAUUCCAGGACUUCAGUGACUUCAGCGCGAACGCCUUUCGUGUUACAAUAGGUAGAUGUCAGCAAGUUGCCUUAGAUAAAGCUGGUGGAAAGCUCCCGUUACCAGCAGAGCAGUUGGCCCUCAUUAACAAGCACAGAGAAAAGAAAAAUGCCAGACUAGCAACAGCGAAGCCUAUCUCGAUUGAUGACGGGUGGACUGUGGAGAUUCGUCGCCGACUCGAAGGAAAAGCAGCUGGACAACUAUACAAGGUUUGGAUCACCCCAAAAGGACAACAGCUCUGGACUAAGAAACUUGGCUAUGGGUUGAUAUGGUUGAUGAUUGGUGUACGGGGUCAUGUUUAG